AGGGAGUAAUAGAUACAUAGGGUGAAUGAGUGUGUAUAAGUAUAUAUAUAGAGAGAGAAGGAGGGAGGUGUAGAGAGAGAAAGAAAGACAGAGAGACAUAGAGGCGCGAUGGAAGGGCAAGAUAGGGUUCUGGCGACAGCGCAGCAGAUCGUGAAGAGCCUCCACACCUCCACAAACGUCAACACUGAUGACAUGCUUCUCAUCUUCUCCAGCUUCGACAAUCGCCUCUCUAACCUCUCCAAUUUCAUGGCUUCUUCAUCCGCAACCUCUACUCCUUCGUCCGCCAAAGCUGCCGCCGCCGCCGCAGACGACGAUUCCUUUCUCGAUCGUCGCUUCGAGGAGGCUGAGAAGCUUAUACUUGACGCCGGCGUCGGCGAUCCCGCUUCCACCGAAGUCUACCUCGCUGCCGUUGACGAGAUUAUUCGGUUGACCGAGGAUCUGGAUCUACCGCCGGACAACGAUGCCGUUAUGGACCGAGCGGAGGCCGCUCUUCAGCUUGCCAUGGCACACCUCGAGGACGAGUUCCGUCACAUCCUCAUUCGGAGCACUGUCCCUCUCGACGCCGAACGCCUCCACAACUCCUCCUUCCUCCGCCGCUCCUCUAUGUCUGCCUCUGCUUCUGAAAUUCCUGAUUUCGAGACUGGCACCGUUUCUGAAGGCCAGGAGGACGGCAGCAGUGGGAGGUACAAUCACUUGAGGGGUCCCAGCCUCGGAGGUAUAGAAUUGUCCCUCGAUUUGAUCAAUCCCGAUGCUACUGUUGAGCUGAAAGAGAUUGCAGACCGUAUGAUCCGAUCCGGCUAUGAAAAGGAAUGCUGUCAAGUGUAUUCUACUGUCCGCCGAGACGUACUGGAUGAGUGUAUGUCUAUUCUUGGCGUUGAGAAGUUGAGCAUUGAGGAAGUCCAGAGGAUUGAGUGGCGUUCCCUGGAUGAGAAAAUGAAGAAAUGGAUAUAUGCUGUGAAAAUUGUGGUGAGAGUUCUUCUGUCUGCUGAAAAACAACUUUGUGAACAGAUUUUUAAUGGCUCUGAACUCACCAAAGAAAUAUGUUUCAUUGAGACUGCAAAAGGGUGUCUAAUGCAGCUCUUGAAUUUUGGGGAGGCUGUUGUCAUAGCCAGGAGGUCUUCAGAGAAGUUAUUUAGGAUUCUGGACAUGUAUGAUGCUCUUUCUGCUGUUUUACCUGAUUUAGAACUUCUUUUUUGUCACAAGGCUGGGGAAAUGGUGUGUAGCGAGGCUAAGGGAGUGUUGGAUGGCUUAGGAGAAGCAGCUAUUGGCACAUUUGUGGAGUUUGAAAAUGCAGUUCGGGGUGAGGCUUCCAGAACACCUAUACAAGGUGCUGAAAUUCACCCAUUAACUCGCUAUGUUAUGAAUUAUGUUAAACUGCUGGUGGACUAUAGCAAUACAAUUAAUGACCUUUUACCAAGUGUUGAGAGUGAGUUGGAAUCUGAGGGUCUGCAAGUUGAUGAUAGCAAUGAUAGCGAGUUGGAGAGUAAAUCACUCUUUGCAAGACGGUUGUCCUUGUUGAUAAAGUCUUUGGAAGCUAAUCUUGAAGAGAAGUCGAGGAUGUAUGAGGAUAGUGGGAUGCAAUAUAUAUUUUUGAUGAACAAUUUACUGUACAUAGUUCAGAAAGUGAAAGACUCUGAUCUUAGGAAGCACUUGGGUGAUUUGUGGGUACGCAAGCGGCGUGGUCAGGUCAGACAGUUCGCCACAGGUUAUCUUAGAGCUUCAUGGAGCAAAGUGUUGUCUUGUUUGAAGGAUGAAGGGAUUGGUGGAAGCUCAAGUAGUGCCUCAAAAAUUGCCCUGAAAGAAAGGUUUAAGAACUUCAACACCUGCUUUGAAGAACUUUAUAGGAUUCAAACGUCUUGGAAGGUGCCAGAUGCUCAACUUCGUGAAGAGCUUCGAAUAUCCAUUUCAGAAAAAGUGAUUCCAGCAUAUCGCUCCUUUAUGGGGCGAUUUGGUAGUCAUCUAGAGAGUGGCAGACAUUCAGGGAAGUACAUAAAAUAUACGCCUGAAGAUCUAGAGAAUUAUUUGUUGGAUCUAUUCGAAGGAACACCUCUGAGCCUUCAUCACAUGAGAAGGAAAAGCUCAUAAAAUGCAGGUUAUUUUCUGUUUGCCUCACAAGAAAAAGAAAAAGAGCCUACUUUGCGUUUGCAGAAUCUCUGUAAUUUACCCCAUCCAUGUUAAAAGAAUGAAAGUUUCAUUCCAUUUCUUUGUUAGUUUCAUUCUUCUAUGAAACACUCCCAUUAUACAAACUAUGAACAGUGCUGGUAUAGUUUCUGUAUUUAGAGCAAAGUAUACAAAAUUCCAUGGCUAUUUCCGUUCAACGAAGAAGAUAAAAUUUGUAGAUGCAUUAUUUAGAUAAAGAUAUGAACUUCCAAGUGGCAAAGCAGUUUGCCUCUUCAUUUUAA